CGAAAAGCCCCAAACCAAAACAAAAACAAACGGGUCCUUUUCCCCCCUCCGCCCCGCCGAGCCCCGGAGAUGACGGCGCCGGGAGGGGGCUCCGCCAGCCGCGGGUGCUGAUCCGACCGUCGCGUCCCCCGCCCGUCCCUCCCCGCCCAUGGGCGAGACAUGGACUACGAGUUCAAGUCGAAGCUGGCGGCCGAGCGCGAGCGGGUGGAGGACCUGUUCGAGUACGAGGGCUGCAAAGUGGGCAGAGGCACCUACGGGCACGUCUACAAGGCCCGCCGCAAGGACGGAAAAGAUGAAAAGGAGUAUGCACUGAAGCAAAUUGAAGGUACAGGGAUAUCCAUGUCGGCCUGUAGAGAGAUUGCACUUUUACGAGAGUUGAAGCACCCCAACGUGAUUGCAUUGCAGAAGGUUUUCCUUUCACACAGUGACAGGAAGGUUUGGCUGCUCUUUGAUUAUGCUGAACAUGACUUGUGGCAUAUUAUCAAGUUUCACCGUGCCUCAAAAGCAAAUAAAAAGCCCAUGCAGUUGCCAAGAUCUAUGGUUAAAUCCCUACUCUACCAGAUCCUUGAUGGAAUCCAUUACCUCCAUGCAAACUGGGUGCUUCACAGAGAUCUGAAACCAGCAAACAUUCUGGUAAUGGGUGAGGGUCCUGAAAGAGGAAGAGUCAAAAUAGCCGAUAUGGGUUUUGCAAGAUUGUUCAACUCACCUUUGAAGCCAUUGGCGGACCUGGAUCCAGUUGUUGUGACAUUCUGGUACAGAGCUCCAGAGCUGUUACUUGGAGCCAGACAUUACACAAAGGCCAUUGAUAUUUGGGCAAUUGGCUGCAUAUUUGCUGAACUAUUGACUUCAGAACCUAUAUUUCAUUGUCGUCAGGAGGACAUCAAAACAAGUAAUCCUUUUCAUCACGAUCAGCUAGAUCGCAUUUUCAGUGUAAUGGGAUUCCCUGCAGAUAAAGAUUGGGAAGACAUAAGGAAGAUGCCAGAAUAUCCAACUCUUCAGAAAGAUUUUAGGAGAACAACGUAUGCCAAUAGUAGCCUCAUAAAAUACAUGGAGAAACACAAAGUCAAGCCUGACAGCAAAGUUUUUCUUUUGCUUCAGAAGCUUCUUACUAUGGACCCUACAAAGAGAAUUACCUCAGAGCAGGCUUUGCAGGACCCCUACUUUCAAGAGGAUCCUCUGCCUACAUCAGAUGUAUUUGCUGGCUGUCAGAUUCCAUAUCCUAAAAGAGAAUUCCUCAAUGAAGAUGAACCUGAAGAGAAAGGGGAUAAGAAUCAGCAGCAGCAGAACCAACAUCAGCAGCAAACAGCACCUCAGCAGCAGCCACAGGCAGCGCCGCAGCAGCCACAGCCGCAGCAGCAGAACAGCACCCAGACCAACGGGACAGCUGGAGGUGCUGGCGCGGGCGCAGGGGGCACGGGCGCAGGACUCCAGCACAGCCAGGACUCCAGCCUCAACCAGGUGCCUCCGAACAAGAAACCACGCAUAGGGCCUUCAGGCACUAACUCAGGCGGGCCUGUCAUGCCUUCAGAUUAUCAGCACUCCAGCUCACGCCUGAGUUACCAAAGCAACAUUCAGGGAUCUUCUCAGUCCCAGAGUACUAUGGGCUAUUCCACGUCAUCUCAGCAGAGCUCCCAGUAUCACCAAUCUCAUCAGUCUCACAGGUACUGAGAGAGCUAACAGACUGCACUCGGAAAGGAAUGGACUAAAAGCCAGAGGACUCCAGCAAUAUGAAGCUCAUAAUGAUGAGAAGAACCAAAAAUACAAACUACGAUGCAGAAUUAAAAUUCACAAUGACAAAAGGAAAACUUCACUAACUCAAGACUUCCAUUUUCCCUUCCCCUGUCCCUUUAUUGCCAUAAAGGAGAUUCUUGUGAAGUUUUCCUUUCUCCCUGCCCUUGCAUGUGCUCCAUUGUGGUUACUCUAAUGAACCCUUCUGAUCUGAACCCAGCACUUAACUUCUUUAACCUUUGGAAUUUUGAAGGAUUCCUGGUGCACCUUCCUUAUGCUGUAGUGAUUGCCAUAAAUCUGUCUUUUCAAUCUCUUUGAUGGGAUUUUAAAGUUUUAAAAUCUUGAACUCCCAGGCUUUCAAGCUUGUAUAUAGUUAGUUUUAUACUAGGCAAACCAGUUUAGCUAUACAGGUAUAUUGCACCUUUUUAAAGCACUAUGUUAUUUUCACAGGAUAUUACUGUUUUGCUCAUGGAUGUCAAGGACAGCAAAAAUUUUACUGUUCCAGAGUAUUUUACUAUUCUGUUUUUAUUAGUCUAGUUUUCAGGCGAGGUCUUAAAAAUAAAAACUUUAAAAGAUAAAAUAAAACUUAAAAAAAGAAAAAGGAAAAAAGGAAAAAAAACCCACCCAAGUCUCUGCAGCAACAACUAUGCUUCAUGCUACUGGACUGAACGCCAAACAGAAGAUUGCUGAUAUUUCUUAACUCAUUCACAUUGAAUUCUUGAAAUCACAGUGAUCUUGCUCUGACUAGUUUUAAAUUAAGCAUUAUUUAAAAAUGAAACCAGGACAGUCACAUAAAAAGGAGAUGCUUUCAGGAUCUGUUGGAACAGAAGAAUGGAAUGUCUUCCCAGGCUGGACACCAAAAUAGUCAGGAAAAUGUAUUUACUGCCCUCAAGUCUCAGUAGGAAUAUGGAUGAUGGGCUUUUUUUUUUUUCUGUUAAGUAGCUGAAUAAUGUAUGUGAGAGUUCUAUAAAUUUAGCUUUCUUUCACAUUCCUGAGUCAAUUUUCUAAAUAUAAAGGUGACAGAAAUACUAAGACUUGCAAAAACAAAUGCAUUCAAUCAUUUUAUGUUAGAAUUAAUAAUUAAGAGGAAUUAUUCUGCAGUUUGAAAAGCAUAUUGAAAAUUGUCCCUUUUUCAUGUUUAUAAUACAUAUUCUGUGUCCCUCGCAUUGCUGUGAUUAACCCGGAUUAGUUACACCAGAUGAGCUUGAUUGCACUGAAAUGUUUCUUUUUCUCUAGAGCAAACAUGUUUUGAUUGUGCCUAAGGACUGUAAGUGGAUGGGUAGCUGGCAGAAAAUCCUCAGUAAAUAAGCAAGGGUUCAGAAGCAUAAUCAGAGGAUCAUUGUCCAACUUCUGCAACCACAGUUAUUCAGAGAGACACAACAUGUAAUUUGGGACAGCUUCAUUUUUCCUUCAGCCUUCAGAAAUAAGGCUCUUGUUGCAGAAAACCUGGAAAAAUGUGUUUAGAAAGCUACUAGCAAGGUAACAUCAGUGAGCUUCUACAACUGAUGUCCAGGGAAGAGCGUGACUUGAGAAGAGCUUAUAUGUAAAUGGUUUAUGUUACAGCUUUUUAUACUGCAGUGUGUUCUCUUCUGUCCAGUGUCCAUACAAAAAAUUGUAUAUACCCAUACACAUUCACACUGAAGUUGUGAUCAGACCUAGCAAGAUGAGUAAGUCUGUGUGCUUUGAGGAGAAUGCUUUUCAUCACUGCUUAGGCAUGUACAUGUUUUGACUGGAUUUGAUCUCCCAGUCCCUUUUAGUGCCCCCCUCCCCCUUGAACGCAUGCUGUUUUGAUGCCCUUUGUGAGCAAUUGGCUUGCCUUGGCCGUAUCUACUGUCAUGUGGUUUUGACAACACCCAGCUUCUCUAGAAAAGCAACUAAAACCUGCUUUUGUUAUCAAAUGGGUAAGAAGGUGGUAAAAAUUAAAUGAAGCAAUUUAAAGGAAAAAAAAAAUUUCUAAGGAAAAGGAAUCUCCCAAAGGAUAUUUUCAAUAUGUAACCCUUGAAAUGCUAUAUAUUAUAUAGACCCCAGUAGCCUGUUUGAAAGAACAGAUUUUAUUUGCUCCUUUAUUUUAUUUCAAUGAGUCUGGGGUUACAUUCUUUCUGUAGAUGGAGUGUUUUACCUCAGAUACCUUUGAGCUAACAGAUAUUUGGCCAAUGCCAUAAAGUAACAUUUGUUUUCAGAUUUUGUGACUUGAAUUUCACAUUUCUGAAAAUUAACAUUUGGUGGAGUAAUUUUUCUCCUCUCCUGUUCUUUUCACCCUUCUAUUUGCUUAAAAUCCUUUUACCUUUUCCAUUGUAGUUAUCUAAGUUUUCUUUCCCCUGCUGUGACCUGCAGCUGAUCAUCAAAAUUCAUAUGAUUUCAGGAGGCACCGGGGAGACGUGUUACCGUAUGGUUACUUAAGGUGGGUUCUUGUGCCGAUAAGGAGAAAUCAUGGUGUAGAUUAAUCUAUAUGUAGUGUGAAACUUCACAGCACUGUAAGGUGCUUUCAUUGAGUGAGCUUCCAGCUUCUAGAGCGACUGCCGCAACCUCUCUCUAAGCUGAACUGGCGCUUCUGCCUUGGUUAGAUCUGAUCAAUGACCACAUGCUAACCCUCUCUAGUUUCCAUGCACGCACAGAAAGCCCAGCUGGUUUCCCUGAUUUCCUCUGUUGCCUUCAAACCUACAACUGAGAGCGAAUAAAAGCAUAAAUGUUUGCUGCAACAUGUAGGCUGCGCACACUCUUCUAGUUCCUUUCUGGUGGUGAAGUAAUUUGCCAUUGCUCAGGAGCAAUGCUCAGGAGCUUGAAGCAUGUUGCCAGAGAGGGUGGCAGUCAUAGUAGAAGUAGUCUUGCCCCCUAUCCAGGGGUCAUCUCAUGAGGUUCAAAAUGUUCCACUUCCAGAAAUGAACCAUGGAGUGUGUCACAUGGGAAGCCAGGGCCACUUCAUUUUUGGUUUUUGUUCCACUGUGCAGUUUCAUUAGUGCUCUGUCUCUGCCCGUAACAUUUCCGCCCUCACCAAAGUGUUUCAUGCCAGCGUGGAGAGAGGCAGGUGACACCGGCAGAGCUUGUCCUUCCUAGGUCCCUGGUGAGAGCGCAGGCCACCUGGUACAGCUUUUUCCAUCGUGGCUCAGGAGAAGCAAACACAUAGAGAAUGAAUGGGAUGAGCAGCCUGGUCCACAUUGCUGAAGUUUAUGUAGCACAAACUGCACAAUGAAGGAAAAAUAUAGGGAAAGCUGCGAGUCCUGCACUGUAUCUGUGACACUGUAUCUGGGGAGGGGGAGGGAAGAGCAUUCGUAGCGGGAGGGGUGGUGGGAAGCUAGAAGUGUUCAAAUCUGUAUAAUAUUUUAUCUAAACAUAAUAAGCUUAGUUCCCCUUCAUAAUCUUCAGGAAUGGUACUUUAACACCAUUAAGCAAAGAAUUGUUUUAGGAUUAAAUAAAUGUAUUGUACAUAAGGCCAUACGUAAUCUUCUAAAAAUGUCGCCAGACAGGAGCGAUAUGUAUUACUAUAUGAAAAAAAAGUCCUUAAUGCACUGUUAUCUCCUAAAUAUUUAGUAGUAAAUUAAUACUAUUUAAUUUUUUAAAAAAUUUGUCUUGUGUAGACACUAAAAAGUAUUACACAAAAUGUGGACAGAGCAUGUCCUUUUUAACAGCAAUUUAAAGAACUUUUUUUAUAUGUAAGGUAGUAACUUUUCAAAUUGUUCUAGUUGUAUUUUCCCAUGUUUACUGUUUGUGGAAGUGUGCCUGUCUCUAUUCAGUUUUUUUUCUAAUAAUUUCAUGCACGCAUCUUUUAUUUUUGUAGUUUUAAUUAGAAAUUACUGCGUAUGCGCCUCAUGCUGCCACAAAACUUUGCAACUCUAGAUCUGUGGUAGCCACAUUCGUGCCUGUGCCAAUGGGCUAGCGAAACCACAAAGCGAAAUAUUCAUUUCUCAUUCUAGAGUUGCGAGUUUACUGCUUUUAAGUUGUUCUGAUGUCACUCUUGAAAUGACUGUUAAAACUAAACUAUGAGUUCCUCGCAUUUAUUUUAUAUUCUUGGUUGUAAUGAAAUGGAAUUGACUUUGCUUCAGUGUGAAUUUUUUUAAUAAAAUAAU